GGAUUAUCUCUGCAUCAGUUUCCUGUCAACAUUAACUGAAGCAUAAGGUCCAUCAAAAGAUUACAAAAUGGAGACUAAUAUGACCUUUACGGAGGAACUUUGCAUGAAGACCAUAGAUGAUUCCGAAAUGGAUCAUCUAAUGAAGAAUUACAGUUAUAGGGCACCGGAGUUUAAUCACAGAGCUUGGGCUUCAGAGUUAAGGUUUUUGAAAGACAAGUUGAAGAUUGCAGACUCUACAAAUCUUCCCUUAGCAUCAAGUUGUUUCAUCUAUAAAGUGCCACCAAAACUUCGUAAAGUAAAUGAAGAAGCCUACACUCCUAGCGUGGUUUCCAUUGGCCCAUAUCACCAUGGAGAAAAAAGAUUGGAAUCAAUGCAAGAAUUAAAAGUAUGGUACGUCAACAGAUUCCUCAAGAGGACCCCAGAGAAAUCAUUAGAGGAUUAUUUGAAAGCCCUGGAAGAUAUGGAAGACAAGAUUCGUGGUGGUUAUUCAGAGACCAUACAGAUGGAGAGAGACGAAUUUGUAAGAAUGAUUCUAAUUGAUGCUUGCUUCAUCAUCGAGUUCUUUCUUUCAUGUCUAGGCCUAGAAGACCCUUUGGUUAAGAAACUAUGGCCAACAGCCGAUAUUAAACUUGACUUGAUUUUGGUUGAAAAUCAACUUCCAUUCUUUGUUCUUACCCACCUUUUCGAACUAGCUUUUCCGACUGGCUUCAAUGGUGAACGUUCAUUUGUCAAGCUUACCUUUGAUGUUUUUGUGAACGUUUUCCUGCGAGAGAUAUAUCCUAACAAGGAAACUCAUGCCAAUUUUAUGAGUAACUUCAAUUAUGAUAGUCUUCAUCAAGUGCAACACCUCUGCGAUAUGCUAAGGACCUUUUACUUACCACGUGAUCCACCAUCUAGAGGAGCUGACACAGCAUUAAUGAAGCGUUCACACAGUGUAAGUCUACUACACGAGGCAGGGAUGAAAUUUCAAGCUGAUAAAGAAAGCAGUGUAACUAAGCUGCAAUGUUUGGAGGAAAUGAUAUUGAAGAUACCAAGCAUUGUGGUAAGUGAUUGGACUGAGACUAUGCUCAGAAAUGUGGUUGCAUUUGAGCAGUGUCACUAUCCUCUUUCAGGCUAUGUGACUGAUUACGUAUGCCUGCUGGAUAAUCUUAUUGACACUGCAAAAGAUGUUGAAAUUCUUGUCAGAAAGAAAAUCUUGGAGAACCUGUUGGCUGAGAGUAAUGAAGUUGCUUCCAUGGUGAACAAACUGUGCAAAAAUGUCCUUGUAACCAACACCAGCACUGAGUAUAUCUCUCUAUAUGAAGAAAUGGACAAGUUUUGUGAUAACCCUUAUCACAAGUAUAAGGCAAUCUUUGUGCUUGAAUAUUGGAGCACUCCUUGGAAAAUUGCGUCUGUGGUUGCUGCAACAUUGUUGCUUUUGCUCACUUUCAUCCAAACAAUAUCUUCUGUAAAUCCGCCAAAGAAUUAAGCCAAAAGCUCUUGUAUAUAUAACACCCAACUCAUGAUUGUAUUAUAUUUGUUGACAUUUUCUUUGUAA